UCAAGCUACACAAGACUUGCGCCAUCAUUUCCCGGGAAAGAAAACCACAAUAAUGUCAACCGAAAACUAUACUGAGUUCACAGAGCGAAAAUUGACAGAUUCGUGCACAGAAGAUUUAACAGGGGAUUUACGUUGGCAUCUAACUUUUCUAUCGGUUGUGAACAUUUUCCUUGCCAUUACAGCCAUUCUUGGGAACACGCUGAUUCUUGUUGCUCUACAUCACGAGUCUUCCCUUCAUCCGCCAUCCAAACUCUUGCUCCGUUGUCUGGCUACAACUGAUCUGUCCGUUGGUCUUAUCUCCCAGCCACUCUCUGUUGCUUUUUGGAUCUCAAUUGUGGUCAGAAACUGGACUUUUUGCCGAUUAUUCAGUAUUCUGACUUUUAUGGCUAGUUACUUAUUGGGUUCCGUUUCUUUGUUGACGCUGACAGUGAUUAGCGUGGAAAGGCUUCUCGCCCUAAUGCUUGGGUUGCGAUACAGACAAGUUGUAACGUGUAGGCGAAUUUCCGUGACUCUGGCUCUUAUCUGGAUAGUAUCUACAGUGGCUGCAAUGAUCUCACGAUGGAAUGCCCUAAUCACAACAUGGUAUGGCUACAUUGGUAUAUCACUGAGUUUAACGACCUCAACUUUUUCCUACUCAAUGAUUUUCUGGAGGCUCCGCCAACACCAAACUCGACUACAUGUACAGACAAAUCAGACGAGUACACUUGAUAUUGCCCGAUAUAAAAAGGCUGUCUCGAGUGCAUUGUGGCUGCAGUUGGCAUUAAUAGCUUGCUAUCUGCCAUUUCAAAUUACAGAUAUCAUUUAUGAUCCAGACAAUGUUAAAACAUCAGUCUUUCUCGCCGCUCAAAUCACGUUCAUUUUAGUUUACCUAAAUUCAACAUUAAAUCCCAUUCUUUACUGCUGGAAGAUUGGAGAAGUAAGAGAAGCUGUGAACGACAUAUUAAGGAAAUGGUUUUGUUCAUUAUAGGCUCAUAUAAUUUCUUCACUCUACGAACCAUUUUGGUUACAAUGUAUAUGUGUUAGUGACUAAGUGUGAGGUCGAGAUAAUGGCCGAGUUAAUUUUUUACGUUUUUACAGAUUGAGACGAUUUUGAGGUCAACAAAAACGCAAAAAAGAACGAGGCGAAUAUUCAGCCAUCUUGCCGAACAAGCUUGGUCAAUAAAGGAUUUUUAAUACAGCCAAACAAUGUUUCGAUACGACAAAAAUCAAGAACGACUCGUUUACUUCAAGAGCCGGGAAAGAGAUCGAACAGUGUUUGUCGCAAAAUAACCCAAGCCCAUCAGAACACAGGAUUCGCUUCACAUUGCCUACGGCCGCUGCUGGCUGUAUAAUAAACGUACCUCCUGGGUAUCGAUAGAGGAAAAAAAUAAUAACAUAUAAUUUUAAGGUUAUGUUUGUGUUUUGGCUAUUAGAUGAAAAAAGGUCAUUAUGCACCUAUUGUAAUGAUUUAAUUUUGAAGAAAAUUUACCAAUGAUAAUGGUCAAGGUGAUUCUCAUUAAGGACGAUGUAAACGGCAACAUAUGUCUUUCCAUUUGCGUCUUUCAAAUGGAAAUUUACCUGUAAAGCAUAUUUCAUUUGAAUCCCUAUAGUAUGAAAUUAAUGCCAUCACUUGAAAACUUCAAAAUUGGACUAUAAUGAAGAGUUGGCGCCAUCGAUUUGCUUUAAGAAAUGGAAAAUCAGCAGGAUGGAGGAUCUUAAUUGAUCAAAACAAUAUUCAUUAAUAAUAACAUUGCUU